UCUCCUCCCUUCAACUUCUUUUUUUUGCCUGGGCUUGUCUUUUAUAUACAAAAAAACCCAAAAAAAAAUUUAAAAAUCCUUUAAAAAACACACACAUUUUUUCUUUUUUUUUAAACCUCAUAUCAUGUCUACAAACCCCACCCCUGCCGAAGCAGCUGCCGUCCCUCCUUCGCAGCUUUCCGCUGAGCAGCAGCAGCAGAUUGCCCAGGCCCAGGCUGGCUCCAUCGCUGCUAACUCCAGCCCUUCUCCCUCGGCCUCCCUCUAUGUCGGAGAAUUGGAUCCCUCCGUCACUGAAGCCAUGCUCUUUGAGAUGUUCAACAUGAUCGGCCCCGUUGCCUCCAUCCGUGUCUGCAGAGAUGCUGUCACCCGUCGCAGCCUUGGAUACGCUUACGUGAACUUCCACAACCAGAUUGAUGGUGAGCGUGCCAUGGAGACUCUUAACUACACCCUGGUUAAGGGUAAGCCUUGCCGUAUCAUGUGGUCUCAGCGUGAUCCCUCCCUGCGCAAGACUGGCUCCGGAAAUGUCUUUAUCAAGAACCUCGACCCUACCAUUGACAACAAGGCUCUCCACGAUACCUUCUCUGCCUUUGGUAACAUCAUGUCCUGCAAGAUUGCCCUCGAUGACAGCGGUAACUCCAAGGGUUACGGUUUCGUCCACUACGAGACCGACGAAGCUGCUGAGAGUGCUAUCAAGCAUGUCAACGGUAUGCUUUUGAACGACAAGAAGGUCUUCGUUGGCCGUCACGUGCCCCGCAAAGAGCGUCAGGCCAAGAUCGAAGAGCUCCGUUCCAAGUUCACUAACAUUUACGUCAAGAACCUUGAUGCCGAGACUGGUGACAAGGAGCUCAGCGAGCUGUUCAGCAAAUACGGUCCCAUUACCUCCGCUGUUGUCCAGAAGGAUGACGAAGGCAAGUCCAAGGGAUUCGGCUUUGUGAACUUUGAGAAGUUUGAGGAUGCCCGCAAGGCUGUUGAGGAGCUCAACGAGAAGGAGCACAACGGCAAGACUCUCUUUGUCACCCGUGCCCAGAAGAAGGUCGAACGUGAGGAGGAGCUCCGCCGCCAGUAUGAACAGGCCAAGCUUGAGAAGCUUGCCAAGUACCAGGGUGUCAACCUUUACGUCAAGAACCUUGAUGAUGAUGUCGAUGAUGAGAAGCUCCGUCAGGAGUUCAGCGUCUACGGUGUCAUUACCUCUGCAAAGGUCAUGCGCGACGAUAAGGACUACUCCAAGGGUUUUGGCUUUGUCUGCUUCUCUUCUCCCGAUGAGGCCACCAAGGCUGUUACCGAGAUGAACGGUCGCAUGAUUGGCUCCAAACCUAUCUACGUCGCUCUUGCCCAGCGCAAGGAGGUCCGUCGCUCCCAGCUCGAGGCUCAGAUCAACCAGCGUAACGCUAUCCGCAUGCAGCAGGGUAUGCCCAUGCCUGGUGCUCCCGGCUACAUGCCCGGUGCUCCCAUGUUCUACGCUCCUCCCGGAGGUUUCCUUCCCCAGGGUCAGCGUCCCGUCUUCCCUCCCAACGGUAUGAUGCCUCGCCCUCGCUGGGCUCCCCAGCCCCAGCAGGGUCAGCCCAUGCCUGGUUACCCCCAGAACUUCUCUCCCACCCUCCAGGGCCGUCCUCCCCGUCAGCCCCGCCCCGCUCGCAACAACGCCGCUCCCCAGGCCAGCAACAGCAACAACAACCGCCAGCAGUCUACUGCCCAGCGUAAGGGUCCCCGUGCACAGGCUGCCACUGAAGUCCCCGAACAGGCCCCUCUCACUGCCGCUGCCCUUGCCGCUGCCCCCACUGAGGUUCAGAAGCAGAUGCUCGGUGAGCGUCUCUACCCCCUCAUCCACGCUCAGCAGCCUGAGUACUCUGGCAAGAUCACUGGUAUGCUCUUGGAGAUGGACAAUGGCGAGCUCUUGAACCUUGUUGAAGAUGCCUCUGCUUUGGAGACCAAGAUUUCCGAGGCUAUGGAUGUCCUCAAGGCACACAUGUCUGCCGAGCCCGCCACUGAACAGGCUUAAACAAUUUAAAGGAGUGGAAGUUCCUUUUUUUUCUUUCUUUUUUUUUCUUUUGUCGAUUCUUAAAUGUAGCUUAAUUUCGUUUAGCUGAGGCCAAUAAACAAAUAUAGACUUUUUGGAUCUGCAAACUUU